AUGUCUAUCAGCCAAUCACAGAACGCAAAGCGAUUAUCGGCAGCUCAGUCUUGGGGCGCGAAAGCGAACAUAAUCGUCAACGAUCUUGGAGUAACGUGGAAGGCUAAUCGUAAAGCUUGGAUGACACAAGAAUUAAUGAAAGAAUGGUUAUCGAAUUUCGAUAGAAAAAUGCAAGGCCGGAAGGUUAUCCUUGUUCUUGAUAAUGCGACUAGUCAUCCUCAUUUGAAUUUACAGAAUGUGAAACUCGCAUUCUUUCCACCAAAUGUAACUUCAACUUGCCAACCUCUUGACCUAGAUAACGAAAAUAUAAAAAAACCAAAUGUGACAGUUCUUGAGGCAGUUAUGUGGACCACAGCAGCUUUAAAAAAAAUAAACAAGGAAACGGUCAGUAAAUGUUUCAUAAAAGCCGGGUUUCCGGGGUCAGAUAAUAUUGGUAAAUUAACACAAGUAGAGGAUCUGAGUAAUGAGUUAACGAAACUAGUUUCAACAAUAUAUCCAACAAAUGCACAGGACUAUUCGUCAAUAGAUGAAUGCUUACAAACCGAAGACUUAUCAUUGAACAUUGAAGACAUAAUCAAUGAUGGCAUGAGUGAGGAUGAAAGUCAUGACGUGGAAUAA